AUGGAAAAGGCAUUGAAAUGCAAAUCUUGUGGAAAGCGUUUUACAUCUAAGGGAAAUUUAAACGUACAUAGAAGAACCCACACUGGAGAGAAACCAUACCAUUGCAAAACCUGUGAUAAGUGGUUUACUCAAAAAGGUAAUUUACAAAAACACGAAAGAUCCCACACUGGAGUGAAGCCAUACCAGUGCAAAACUUGUGACAAGUGGUUUAAUCGAAAAUAUAAUUUACAAAUACAUGAAAGAUCACACACUAGAGACAAGGCAUUCCAGUGUAAAACAUGUGACAAGUGGUUCCUCCAGAAAGUAAAUCUACAAGUACAUGAAAGAUUACAUACUGGAGAGAAGCCAAACCAGUGCAAAUAUUGUGAUAUGUGUUUUACACAUAAGGGAAGUCUUCGAGUCCAUGAAAGAAACCACAUUGGAGAGAAGCCGUACCAGUGCAAAUCUUGUGAUAUGUGUUUUUCUUCAAAUGGAAGUCUACGAAUACAUGAAAGAUCCCACACUGGAGAGAAGCCAUACCAGUGCAAAACAUGUGACAAGUGUUUUACUCAGAAAGGUAAUCUACAAAGACAUGAAAGAUCUCACACUGGAGAGAAGCCAUACCAGUGCAAAACUUGUGCCAAGUGUUUUACUAGAAAAAGAGGUCUGCAAAUACAUGAAAGAUCCCACACUGAAGAGAAGCCAUACCAGUGCAAAACUUGUGCUAAGUGUUUUACUAGAAAAAGAGAUCUGCAAAUACAUACAAGAUCCCACACUGGAGAGAAGUCAUACAAGUGCAAAACUUGUGACAAGUGGUUUACUCAAAAAAUUAGUCUACAAAGACAUGAAAGAUCUCACACUGGAGAGAAGCCAUACCAGUGCAAAGCUUGUGACAAGUGUUUUACUACGAAAAGAAGUCUGCAAAUACACAAAAGAUUACACACUGGAGAGAAGCCAUACAAGUGCAAAACUUGUGACAAGUGUUUUACUCAAAAAGGUAGUCUACAAAGACAUGAAAAAUCCCACCCUAGAGAGAAACCAUACCAGUGCAAAAUGUGUGAGAAGUGGUUUUGUCGAAAAAGAACACUACAAAAACACGAAAGAUUGCACUUUGCACAGCAGCCAUAUUCUUCAAAUUACAAUGAAACAUUUACUUGCUGGAUUUGCCAGGAGGAACUGAGCAGUGCUUCCCAGCUCCUUAGCCACUAUGAGGAACACAUGAAGUUGCCUUGAUUUUCUUGUUGAUCAGUGUAUCUGAUUAAUUUUUGGCUGAUUGGAACAUAUAUUUAUGUAACUUUAAGUUGAUCGUCAACACUGCUGUUUUAAGGAGACUGAAGUGAGAAAAAAAACUUUGGCUCCCAUCCGUUACACUUCUGAUUAGGGAACACUUUUUGCAGUUCUUGGUGUCUCUUGGCGAAAGCUUACCCAGUAGUUUUAGGUCAAAGUGAAGCAAACACACUAAAAGCAAAAAUAAAUUAGGGGGAAAUUUUUUUCACCUUCACAUGGACCCCUUUGCGAUUGAAAAAAAUUACCCAAAAGCAACAAUAAGGAAAGUUUUUUUAUAAUAUUAUCAAGGCAAAGGUGAUCAAAUAGGAUAUACGAGGUUGCGAUGUGAAUUUAUUUCGUUUCAGCUACAUUUGCACACGAUCAUUACUGCUAUUUUGAAGCUACUUUGAGCGGCCAAUUGUUUCACGGGUUUAACAUCCAAGUUUUAAAUAAGCCGUUGAAUUUUUUACCUGGUCAAUAAACGUUUCAACCACAAACAUUGCUAAUUUUGAGAGCCCUUCCAUUAUUUAUGUGGACAUGAAACACGGGAUAUGAAAAUGAGUGUUUAUGAUUUGAGCACCAAAGGAUGGUGUUAUGUUUUAGGUAAAUCUUGCGCAACAUUUGAUUAUCAUGAUGCCUAGAGCGUAGAGGCGAUUCAAUCAACUGAGGGAUUAUUCAAUUGAAACCAUCCCACCCCCCUCCCCCCUGCUUAACUGCUGACUCAAAAUCAAUAGCGUCUUCAGACUCGCUAAAACUCGAAUCAAUGUAAACGAAUGGAGGAAAUGUUACAGUUUUUAAAUCACAAUACUGCUCACUAUAAGAGAUACAACAAUGAUAGAUUGAUCAUGCGUGAUGUUAUAAGGCAUGAUGCUCUGCUGUGAUUGGUUUACUUUUUCAACAGCUCUGAUUCGCAUUCAUAUAAGACUUCACCCUGACAACAUCAAUAGGGAUGGUGGAAGAGAAAUUCCAGAAGCGUGGAUGCCCACGAUCAAAAAACACAACAACGGGAGAUCCGCGCGAAAGCGGACCGCUUGGGGAGCAAAUUACUGAGUGAAACAGCAAGGAUCGUAAUGCGCCAAUCAGAGCUGUUGAAAAAACAGCCAAUCACAGCAGAGUAUCAUGCUUUAGAAGAUCACGCAUGACCAGUCGACCCCAUCGCCUGAAGAAGACUAGCAGUGUGCAGUCGAAACGCCGCAAUCUACAUCACAUGUGACUACAUCGUGAGACAAACGGAACACUUAGCUUUUAUUGUUAUUCACUACGAUGAAUAACUACAGCCUUUUUUACGAAAUGAUAGAUUGAUUAUGUAUACAGCCAUUGCCUUCAGGGAAAAGCUCUAUGGACGGUUGACGGUGUCUGUAGGCGGUUUUCCGUCCAAGCAGUUUGACGUUCAUUAUAGAAGGUCAGGACGGACGCCGACAGUCAGGUCGGAGGCAACACUGCCGUCCUUGUCAUCUCAAACGGGUUAAGGAAUCGAAAUUUCUUUUUUUUUACUAUCUGGCGAACAGUUAUAAUAGUGGUGGGACUGUGUGGAUUCCAAUUCGCUUUGUAAUCAUAUGUAUGUACUUAUCGACUGAUUAGGAGAGCCGGACUAGAAAAUAUUAAGCUUGAGGUCAGGACAUGACAUUUCUUGCCAUGGAGAACGGGAUCAGCGCUUGAAGUAAGAUAGGGCAUAAGGCUCUUUUGUAUCACGCAAGCUUCGCCAUAACGUAGCACUGGCCAAGUCACGUGACACCUAUGAAGCCGUGCAGUUGUGAAGGCUUCAACCUUUUCAAGUUUUUUCCCCCAAAAAACAUUCUAAUCAUGGCAGUGUGUAUUGGCACAUCAUGACCCUUCUCCAAAGAAGCGAUCGAAAUAUCUAAGAUCUACCUUUGAAAAAUUAAAAAAGAAACAAUGAAAAGAGAUCCUGUUAAAUACUUAGUAUUAGCUGUAAAAUUUCAAGACUAUGUGGUUGUAAAUGCCAAUCUGAAGCUUUUUAAGCUUUUUCGUUUUAAUAACACACGUUUGUUUAUCUGGGGAUGUCACAUGUACAUUACGUAGCUCUCUUUUUUACCCCUAAAAAUUCUCUCAUACAUUUAGGGCCCGUUUACAUGGAGGUGGGGGACCUCUGGUAAGUGAGGUAUCCUGCGUAGGUGGGAUAGCCCGACUGCCCAUAUAAUGUCUUAUUUGAUUUCGAUCGCGAUCACAUGAUAAGUGGGGUAACCCACUUUUGCAGGUUGCCCGUUCUGCCGGAUAGGGUGACCCUUUCAGCCGGGGUAAACGUCUAAAGGUGGGGUAACCCGCUUAGCCAGGGUCACGUUCAUGUCACAUUUGGAAGCGCGCCAACAGCCUCAUCAAACUUCACCCCGUGAUCCCGGGGUAGUAAGAUUGUAUGUAAACGCGAGCUAUGUUUCGACCCCGGCUAGGCGGGCUACCUCACCUAUCUGCAGCCUCUCACCUCCAUAUAAACAGGCCCUCUCUAAGCUUAAACAUUACUUGACUACAGCAAACUUGCUACAUGCCCAGAUCGUUAUGGUUUGAAGGGUUUUGAUCUUAAUACUGGUGUAAAUUUUCCCUUACGUUCUAAAUAAUGCUCAGUUUUCAGUCGCUAGUUAAAGUAGAGAAGAGUUCUGUUCUUUCUUUUGCCGAGUAUCCCUUCUCUAUAAUUUUAUUGGUUUUGAAAAUAGCCUUUAAUUACGCCGAACCUUUCUUUGGUGAGUAUGUCAGCAGUAAAAAGCUCUCAUGCUUUUUAUCAGUUGCUGUUCCUUUUAAUUAAACAAGGUUUUCAGGGUCUAAUUUCACGUUACAUAACAUCUCUUGGCAUAGAAAACGUUGGGUAUUUUAAAAUUAUUCUAUUACAAUUACCACCGUUGUUUGUGCUUCGGGAAGAAUUCAUUAAAUUAGCUGCUGGCCCUAGAGAAUUUCACGACGGAAGUAUCUAUUCUUGUCAGCAGAAUACAUCUGUUAUAUCUAUAAGUAUGGAGGUAAAUAAUUAUGAAGGUAAAUAAUUAACUUUCGCAGGCGAAUGGAUCAGACAAAAAAGGUCUACAAGGCCUGAAACUGAAAUUAAAAAUCACAGGUUUAUUACAAAUCAACAUAAUGACCAGCUUCAGUUGGCUUGUUAGCUCAGUUCGUUGAGCGCUGCACCGGUAUCGUAGAGUUCAAGGAUUCAAAUCAAGAGAAUAUCACUGUAUUAUCUUGGUUGAAAUCCCGUACAGGCCUGAAUUUUUCCAGGCCUUAUUUUCAGCACUACUCAAGUAGUUUUCAUUACUGCGAAGAUCGCUUUGAUAUUCAUUUCUUAACCCGCAGUACACAUAUUUGAUUUUCACAUAUUAACCUAAGUCAUCGAUUCAAGAAUUUGCAUGAAUUGAAGUUUUCUAUGAAAUCGUUGAACUUUUCGCGCUUGACAUCUGCUUUGAAUCUAUAUUUUGCUCAAAAGGUUACUCCAAAUGCCAAAAGUUGUUCAAUUUGCAAAGCUCAUUCCCAGUGUCAUCUCUUUCUCUUUUAUGGAUACAAGAGAGAGAGACCCGGGAACGAGGCUGCAUCUACAAGAUGGCGUCCUUUGUGGGUUGACUUUGCUAACACUGUGUUGAAGCAAAUCACUGUGGAACACAUAUUAACAUAAGGUAAGAGUAAAAAUGUUAAAUUUUAGCCCAAUACUCUGCGACGGAAGUAAUGGUUUGGUAUGUAUCUUAUUUUCAGACGUUUUGGUGUGUAGUAUCACGAACUAUUUUUACUUACGAGUAGUGCCAGAACAACUCGUAAAAAUACUCAGUUACACUGCCCACCUAAAGCGUCUAAAGUUAUUCAUCAUCCAACUGCUUAUUUUAUAUUUCGAGGCCACUGGUAUCUCGGUUAAAUUACGUUGGCAAUGAAGUCAUUUAAAAGCCUACACUUUAUUUAACCACGAUGCUAAAGCCUUUAGACGGAGUCAAAGCUUUUUGUCACAUACUCAUGAGUCUGGCUUUUUGGCCUGAAGAAUAUGUUUCACAUCUGUGAAUCAAAUUCUAAAUAAUUAUACUCUGGUUUUUGUAGUUCUGUGUAAAAGCUUAAAAGAGAGUUGUUUUAGUUUGUUGUCUCAUGUUGACUCAUGUAUGCCCAGUAAAAGAGAGUUUAAUCUCCCAGUCUUCAAAAUGGAUAGGAGAAGUAGUUUUCCAUUGUUGUUUUCAAUAAUUCUCAAGAAAAGCAAUGAUGCUUGUAGGUGAGCAGCAAUUCAGGCAGUUGCAGAGAGGAAGCCUGAAAAGAAAAAAUUAGGUUUUGGAUGCAAUUCAAACACAUGCCUCCCAGAUACUACAUAGGUACUACAUAGCUACUACAUAGUUACUACAUAGGUACUACAUAGGUACUACAUAGGUACUACAUAGUUACUACAUAGGUACUACAUAGGUACUACAUAGGUACUACAUAGUUACUACAUAGGUACUACAUAGGUACUACAUGGGACCAACAGACCAAAUUUUUCUUGAACUUGCCUGGGAAGGUUUGAAGUAACUGUAAGUCUUACUUCUUUUGAUAUGGCUUUCCCUUUGUCACCCAAAGCCAUAUGAAAGAGUUUCCUUACAAAAUAAAUGUAGAUACAUUAAGUAAUUUGGUGUACAGAUAUUUUGGGAGAAAACCAUAUGAACAUAUUUUAAGUGAGGUGACAAACAUGUACAUGCAAACUCAUACCCCUACUUUGGUACAAGGAGAAAGAAGGCAUACCUCUAUUUUGGUACAAGGGAGAGGGGGGUGUGAUUGGAACCCCCCCCCCUUCCAUAGCUUUAUGUUGCAAUAUUUUUUAAGAUUUUUACCUUAAAUAGAUAGAUUGUAUGAUGUGAAUAUUAUGGGAUACAUAUACAAAUAAUGCUGCAAGGGAACCAGUGAUGUCAUUCAACAUGGCAGUCAUUUUUUUUCAUUAUUUUUCACUUUUUUCACUAUUAUUUUUGGCUUGUCAAAAGAACUGUAGCUAUCAAACUUAACAGGAUAAUAGAAAAUCAGACUAGCAAAUAAAUUAUAGAUUUACUAUACUUUCAUUUUUAACAUUAAAGCUUUCAUUCUUUCAUAGCUCAUAUCAAGCCCUCAACCACACCCUACUUGUCAUUUAACAUCUCCAGUAUCUAUCAGGCAAAUUUUACAAACAUUAAAACAAGUAUAACUUUAUGAGAAACAAACAGCUACUGAAGAGGAUAUCAGUAGUUGCCCAGAUAAAAGCCUCUUGAUAAAAUUAAAGAAAAAACUAAGAGGUAGUGUGGCAUCCACCUCUCCCCUCACCCCCUCUUGUUACUACGAGUGUUAAUCUGUUCUUACUGAAUGUAAAGGGUAAAACCCUGUCUAAUAUCCCCAUACCCAGCUAAAUAAAUGUAUUUUUUUUUCUUCUGGCAUUUCAGAUAAUGUUGCUGUCUCUUAGUUGGCCCUAACAUGGCCCAAACCAAAACAUCUUGUACUGAGGAGGUACAAUACGGUGGAAAAUUGAAUCAAUGUAUAAAGAAUCUGCAAAAUUUGAAAGCUGUGUGGAAAAGGCAUUAAAAUGCAAAUCUUGUGAAAAGUGUUUUACAUCUAAGGGAAAUAUGCUAGUACAUUUAAGAACCCACACUGGGGAGAAACCAUACCAGUGCAAAACUUGUGACAAAUGGUUUACACAAAAGGGACAUCUACAAAUACAUGAAAGAUCCCACACAGGAGAGAAGCCAUACCAUUGCAAAACUUGUGACAGGCGGUUUGCACAAAAGGGACAUCUUCAACUACAUGAAAGAUCCCACACAGGAGAGAAGCCAUACCAGUGCAACACUUGUGACAAGUGGUUUACUCAUAAGGGAAGUCUACAGAAACAUAAUAGAUCCCACACUGGAGAGAAGCCAUACCAGUGCAAAACUUGUGACAAGUGGUUUGCUACAAAAGGAAGUCUGCAAAUACAUAAAAGAUCUUACACUGGAGAGAAACCAUACCAUUGCAAAACCUGUGAUAAGUGGUUUACUCAAAAAGGUAAUUUACAAACACAUGAAAGAUCCCACACUGGAGAGAAGCCAUACCAGUGCAAAACUUGUGACAAGUGGUUCUCUCAUAAAGGAAAUCUACAAAGACAUGAAAGAUCACACACUGGAGAGAAGCCAUACCAGUGCAAAACUUGUGGCAAUUGGUUUACACAAAAGGUACAACUACAAGUACAUGAAAGAUCACAUACUGGAGAGAAGCCAUACCAGUGCAAAUAUUGUGAUAUGCGUUUUACACAAAAGGGAAGUCUUCGAGUCCAUGAAAGAAACCACAUAGGAGAGAAGCCAUACCAGUGCAAAUCAUGUGAUAUGUGUUUUACUUCAAAUGGAGGGCUACGAACUCAUGAAAGAUCCCACACUGGAGAGAAGCCAUACCAGUGCAAAACUUGUGACAAGUGGUUUACUCAAAAAUUCAAUUUAAAAAGACAUGAACUAUCCCACACAGGAGAGAAGCCAUACCAGUGUAAAACAUGUGACAAGUGGUUUACUCAAAAGGGUAAUCUGCAAAUACAUGAAAGAUCACACACCGGAGAGAAACCAUUCCAGUGCAAAAAUUGUGACAAGUGUUUUACCUCAAAAGGAGGUCUGCAGAUACAUGAAAGAUCCCACACUGGAGAGAAGCCAUUCCAGUGCAAAUUUUGUGACAAGUGUUUUACUACAAGAAGAAGUCUACAAAUACAUAAAAUUUCCCACACUGGAGAAAAGCCAUACAAGUGUAAAACUUGUGACAAGUGGUUUAAUCAAAAAUGUAAUCUACAAACACAUGAAAGAUCCCACACAGGGGAGAAGCCACACCAGUGCAAAACUUGUGGCAAGUAUUUUGCUACAAGAAGAACUCUGCAAAUACAUACAAGAUCACACACUGGAGAAAAGCCUUACAAGUGCAAAACUUGUGACAAGUGUUUUACUGAAAAAGGUAAUUUACAAAGACAUGAAAGAGCUCACACAGGAGAGAAGCCAUACCAGUGCAAAAUGUGUGAAAAGCGGUUUUCUCGAAAAAGUACACUACUAAAACACGAAAGAUUGCACUUUGAACAGCAGCCA